GUUAACCCUUUACACCCUAACAUCAGUAUUCAUAUUCUUCAUACUGUUCUCUGUACAUUUACUAAUGUGCUGACAAGGAGAAUUUGUCUGGUAAUCAAGAGAUUCUUAAGUUGGUGAUCACUUUCUUUAUUCUCAUGACAUUAAUGUGUGAUUCAGUGGUCACUAUUGUAAGGAGAAAUUAGAUGCUAGUCACGCUUAGGGGUUAAAGGGUUGAGUAGUAUUACUGGUAAGUUUUGAUUUUCUUCUCAGGGUUCCACAACGUCACGCAUGUUCAUUUAGCAGAGUCUUGUUUGGAGGACUGGAACAGUGGACGAUCAUUCAUUCAGGAAAAGAAACAAAUUAAUAAAAAAAACUGA